AUGUCAAGCCACUCCAACUCCACUGAUUCCGAUCCGGACCAGAAACCCUUGGCGUUUCUGAACAACGACGAGCCACUGGCCUCCAGAGACCAUUAUGACGACAAGGUCAUCGACUCCGAGCCCCAACCCAACUCUCCCAUGAGUGCUGACGCAAGACUCUCCAUGCAAACUGUCUCCGAAACGUGGUCUGGUUAUCACAGAGAAACGAACGAAUGCACGGAAUUCUGCCAGGACUAUUUUAUCUGUUUCGGUGCAUGCGACGCCUGCUGCCCAUCCACAGGCGAAGGCUGCUUGAUCGGAACUCCUUUGAAAGCAAAUCAUUUCAACACUCAUAUCGGAAUCCACGAUCCUGCCCCGUCAACUGACCAGGAAUUGAGAGAGCUAGCUCUUCAGCAAAUGAGGAGCGAGUGUGUACUCCAAAACAACGGAUACGUGAAUCUGUCGCCAGCUUUCAAUGCCACUCUCAAAACAUCCUCCCUGCCAUACUCGGCCAACGUCUACAAGACAAACUCGAAUUCAGUGAUCCCAAAACCUGAGUUUGUGUCAGAUGCAGAUGUUGAAACGGCUAAAGCUGGUACAUGUGACGAAUUGAACGAUCUUCAACCGCAAGUCUCUUCCAGCACAGUAGUGUUCAAGCCAUUACAUGAGAUUUCACCAACCAGUCAUGACUCCCCUUACGGCAAUCAGUUGAACCAUUCCGAUGCGAUGCAAAAUCCAUCUUCCAACAAGGGCACCGGAAGCGACGACCCAUUGGAAGAGAAACUGUUGGCGACAAGAAAUUUCACAGUCUCUCAAAUUGUGGCCUGGGUGUUACUCUUCCUCGCAGCAGGGUGUCUUGUCCCGGCCACCAUGUUCGCCAUCAAUGGCAGUGCAUUUUCGACUGCCAACUACUUCAAAAAUGCUGAGCCUGAAACUCGUGUGAGUCUUUUUGGAGAUUUGGCGAAUAAAUUUAGCCUUGAGUCACCACGGUCAUCGAGCGAUUUUGUUACCCCAAAGUUCGAUGGUAUCGUGUACUCGCCUUUGGGCAUUCUAAACUGCAAUUUCUCACGGGAAGAAGCGAAGCAGGAUGUGCUUCUUCUCUCAAGAAUAACCUCAAAAAUUCGAACCUAUAGCACGAGAUGCAAUCAAGUGAGGUACCUUCUCGAAGCAAUCCAAAGGACGAAAGUUCCAUUGACCGUCUCUGUGGGGUUAUGGAUAGGCCCCAACGAACUGCAAAAUAUGAUAGAGAUGAAAAACAUACUCCGCCUCAUCGAUGAGUUCCCGGAAGAACUCAUCAAAUGCAUCUUCGUCGGCAAUGAAGUGCGUUACAGAAACGACAUACCGGAGAAGGAUCAUAUAAAUCUCAUCAAGAGUUUAAAGCAACAUGUGGCUAUAGUUGGAAAGAAGAUCCCGGUCGGAACAAGUGAGCAUGGUAGCGCCAUCACUCCAGAGCUUGCGCAAGAAUGUGACAUCGUCGGCGUCAAUGCAACUCCAUUCCAGGACAGGAUACCGGUGAAUUUAGCAGCAGAUUGGAUAUUGGAGCUUAUAGAGCAGAAGGUUCAGCCACUUGUUCCCUCUGGCACCCAGAUCGUCAUAUCUGAGCUCGGUUGGCCAUAUAAUGGUGGAAGUAAUGGGGCCGCCAAGGCGGACCCAAAGAGCUUCAAUGGAUUUCUUAGCUCGUGGAUCUGUGAGGCUGCUCGCCGCAUUCGAGACAAGUAUGAGUGGUACUAUUUCGAAGCCUUCGACGAAGAAUUAUGCAUCUUGGGAUAG